AUGCCGGCCACCUCUAUUAAGCGCUCGCUCGGCGUCGAUCUGACGACCAAGAUUCAUGAGUCGCGAGUGCUGCUGGUUGGCGCUGGUGGUAUCGGCUGCGAACUAUUGAAAAACCUCGUCCUCACUGGCUUCGGCGAAAUUCACAUUAUCGACCUUGACACCAUCGACCUCAGCAACCUCAACCGGCAAUUUCUCUUCCGUCAUGAGCAUAUCAAGAAAUCGAAAGCUCUCGUAUGUAAUCUCACCUCGCUCUUCCUCCCCUCCCCUGGGACAUUUGCGAUGCAAGCGGUAGCCAAAGAAAUUGCGCAAAAAUUUCGCCCUAAUGCCAAGCUCGAAGCGUACCAUGCCAAUAUCACCGACUCCCGCUUCAAUGUUGCCUGGUUCAGCAAGUUCGACAUUGUCUUCAAUGCUUUGGAUAACCUGGCUGCGCGACGCCAUGUAAAUCACAUGUGUCUUGCUGCGAAUGUCCCUUUGAUUGAGAGUGGAACAACUGGGUUCAAUGGUCAGGUCCAGGUGAUUGAAAAGGGGAAAACCGAAUGUUACGACUGCAACCCAAAGCCCACCGUGACAACAUACCCUGUGUGUACCAUCCGCACUACGCCAUCGCAACCCAUCCACUGCAUCAUUUGGGGGAAAAGCUACCUUCUUCCGGAGCUAUUCGGAAAGGGGGAGGAUGAUAAUGGCACCAUCGAUACAUCAGAGACAGCGGAAAAUGCGGAAGAAAUCGGAGAGCUUCGCCGAGAAGCUAAAGAGCUCGAAGAUAUCCGCGAGUCUAUGGAUACCGAAGAAUUCGAAGGGAAAGUAUUCGAAAAGGUAUUCAAGCAUGAUAUCGAGCGAUUACGAGGAGCAGAGGGCAUGUGGGAGGAGCGCAAGCCUCCAGAGCCACUAGACUACGACAAGCUUAAUGAAGAGUCCGCCUCCAUUGACUCCACAAUAUCAAAGGUUGACCAGAGGGAGUGGACCUUGGCAGAGGCCUUUGUGGUAUUCCGGGAUGCUCUGAAUCGCCUGAGGAGUCGCUUGAAGGAACUCAAAGCUUCAGCAUCACCCACAGAUCCAACCCCAACCAUCGAGUUCGACAAGGAUGAUGAGGAUACCUUGGAUUUCGUGACUGCGACGGGUAUCCUACGUGGUACCAUAUUUGGUAUCGACUCCAAUUCCAAAUUCAAGACGAAAGAAAUGGCCGGCAACAUCAUUCCUGCCAUUGCUACCACGAAUGCUAUGACCGCAGGUCUCUGUGUGUUGCAGUCAUUUAAGGUCUUACAAGAUGAUCUCAGGAACGCCAAGAUGGUAUUCCUCGAAAGAUCCGGAGCUCGUGUCAUCAAUUCUGAUUCGCUGAACCCACCCCGGCCUGACUGUGCUGUCUGCUCUGUCAUAAGCGCACAAGUAGCCGUUGACCUGGCUAGUGCAACACUCGAGGAUAUUGUCGAAGGGGUUCUCAAGCUAAAGUUGGGAUAUGGAGAGGAGUUCUCUAUUCUCAAGGGGCAGGGCGUGAUCUACGAUCCAGAUCUGGAAGAUAACCUCUCGAAGAAGCUGCAGGACUUGGGUCUUGGCAACCAAUCAUUCCUGACAGUUGUGGAUGAAGAUGAUCAGGACCAAGAUCCUCGGGUCAACCUGGAGCUGAUAGUUGUGCAAAGAGAGGAGACUGCCGAAGGCGCAAAGCCUGCUCAGUUGAUGCCCGAGGAGCUUGAAAUCCCACGCAAACCGAAACACGGUCUUGCUGGAACUGACGAAACCCAGUUGACGAAUGGAAAUGUUUCCAAUGGGAAACGCAAGCGCGAUAGCGAGGAUGACCAACUGAAGAACGGCCCCGUUGCGAAGAAGGUUGCCGCAGAAAGCAAUGGCAAUGGCGAAGUCAUUGACCUGGAUGACGAGGGUGCCAUUUUGAUCGAUGACUAG